AGGCAUCACUCUUUUCCCAGCAGAUAGAAGAACAUAGACGAUAUGUCGUAGCUCUCCAUUCGUCUAGUUUACAUCGGGACGUUAGAUUGCCUUAUUAUCAGUACCGUACUAGCUUACACCCGUAAGGCAGGUUACCAACUCGCGGCUUCUGUUAACAAUCGAACGCUACUUCGUGAGAGUCUCUAAACCAAGUAAACCCCCAGGUAUAUAUAGAACAUCAUGUGCUCCUUGAUCGGGUGCUGCUGCGAUUGUGCUGCAUCGAUUGCCUGCUGUUGCUGUACCUGUGCCCUCCAGACGCUGUGCUGUAUGGUGUUUGUGGUGGUCAUCAUCUGUCUGGCGAUUGGGCUCGGCGUCUAUUUCGGCGUCUUCCACAACCGGGACUCGGACGACGACAGCACGACAACGUCAAGAGGUCUCAUACUAAACGCCCUAAUGCCUGACGGCUUCCGCGAGGAGAAGGAAUCCACCUGGGUGUAUUAAGACUGGCAACAAUGUCUUACAUGACACAUCCGCAAGGGUAAACGCUGUGAUAUGUGAUUAGACUAAGAAAGUGUGAUCCACAGUUCUUUGGCACAACGGGUUUAGCGUUUAGCGUUCAGUGCAUAAGCUCAUCUCCAAAAUUUCCCGUUGAAUAAAUCAAUGUGCCAUCCAACAGCUUUUCAGCAAAAAAG